AUGCACUGGCUGUGGAAACUCCAGCAGGUUUGCAUCCAAUGGGGGGCCCAGAUGUCUGGUUGCACUGUCCACCUUCAUACCAAGCAACUGGCAUCCCUGCAGUGGGGUCACCAGGAGGUCCCUGCCAAAUUUAACUUUGCUAGUGAUGUGAUAGAUCACUGGGCUGGCAUGGAGAGGGCCGGCAGGCGACCUCCAGGCCCAGCCCUGUGGUUGAGUGGUGAUGGGGAUGAAAUAGUGUGGAACUUCAGCCAACUGAGGGAACUCAGCCAUCAGGCAGCCAAUGACCUGGGCUGCAUGCGAGCAGGCCUCGUCUUCAUGCCCGGGACUAUCCAAAUGAAAGCCAAGGACAUUCUCUAUAGGCUGCAGGUGUCUAAAGCCAGGGCCAUCGUGGCUGGGGAUGAAGUGGCCCAGGUAGUGGACACUGUGGCCUCUGACUGCCCUUCUCUGAAAAUAAAGCUACUGGUAUCUGAGAAAAGCCGGGAUGGGUGGCUGGACUUUAAGACACUACUACGAGAAGCAUCUACCACUCAUUGCUGUGUAGAGACUGGAAGCCAAGAAGCAGCUGCCAUCUACUUCACCAGUGGGACUAGUGGCCUUCCCAAGAUGGUGGAACACUCCCACUCAAGCCUGGGCAUCAAGGCCAAGAUGGAUGCUGGCAUAUGGACAGACCUGCAAGCCUCUGACAUAAUAUGGACCAUAUCAGACACAGCUUGGAUAGUGAACAUCUUGACUUCAUUUCUGGAACCUUGGACAGCAGGAGCAUGCACAUUUAUCCAUCUCUUGCCAAAGUUUGACCCAGUAGUCAUUCUAAAGGUGCUGUCCAGCUACCCAAUCAACAGCAUGGUAGGAGCACCCAUCGUUUACCGGAUGUUGGUACAACAGGAUCUUUCUAGUUACAAGUUCCCACGUCUCCAAAACUGCUUCAGUGGAGGAGAGACCCUCCUUCCAGACAGUUUGGAGAACUGGAGGGCCCAGACAGGACUGCACAUCCGAGAAUUCUAUGGCCAGACAGAAACGGGACUCACUUGCAGAGUUUCCAAGACCAUGAACAUCAAACCGGGAACUGCUAUUCCCCAUUAUGAUGUGCAGGUCUUAGACGACAAGGGCAAGGUCUUGCCCCCUGGCACGGAGGGAGACUUGGGCAUCUGGGUAAAGCCCAUCAGGCCUACAGGAAUCUUCUCUGGCUAUGUGGACAAUCUUGAGAAGACAGCAGCCAACAUUCGAGGAGAUUUUUGGAUCCUUGGAGAUCGGGCAAUCAAGGAUCAAGAUGGCUAUUUCCAGUACCUAGGGCGGGCAGAUGACAUCAUUAACUCCAGCGGGUACUGGAUUGGGCCUUCAGAGGUGGAGAAUGCACUGAUGGAACAUCCUGCUGUGGUUGAGACAGCUGUAAUCAGCAGCCCGGACCCUGUCCGAGGAGAGGUGGUGAAGGCAUUUGUGGUCCUGGCCCCCCAGUUUCUGUCCAAUGACCCAGACCAGCUCACCAAGGAGCUGCGGCAGCAUGUGAAGUCAGUAACAGCCCCAUACAAGUACCCAAGGAAGGUGCAGUUUGUCUCAGAACUGCCCAAGACUGUCACGGGGAAAAUCCAGCGGAAGAAGCUUCAAGACAAGGAGUGGAAGACAUCUAGGCAAGGUGUGGCCCCGUGA